CUGAACACAACUGUUGAUUACUGCAAAGCCUCCAGGCAACUGUUAGAACAACGUAUUCAUUUACCCAGAACAACAAGGUCAUGGAGAUCCAUCCGUCUGCUGUGAUUCUGCUGCUGGUCUUGGCUGCUUCUUUCACUGCUUUUGGUCAACCAGAUGAUAUAAAGCCCCGUUAUCAAAAAUUCUUCAAUCAACAUUUCGGUCCUCAUGUGAGCGAGCAUGAUUGUGACAAAGAAAUCAGAAACAGGCAGAUCACUGCCUCUGGAACUGCAAAUGGCUGCAAAGAAGUCAAUACCUUCAUACAAGCGAAUAAAAAUGACAUUAAAGCAGUUUGUGGCAGAGGAGGAACUCCACAGGGCAAUAAUCUGUUUAAGAGCAACCAGCCUUUUCCUUUGGUCACGUGUAAAUUACAAAGUGGGCAGAGACACCCAAACUGCCAAUAUAGAGGGAAGAAGUCCACUCGUUACAUUGUUUUGGCGUGUGAUCAAGAAUGGCCUGUACAUUAUGAUGAGGGCAUAAUUAAUGUAUAG